CUGCGAUCCACGGUGGCGCUUGCGGUGGCGAACUGGUAGUGGCGGUGGUUGCACUAAUGAAAUCUCUACUAUUUACCCUCUUUUGUUAGCUGGGUAGGGUCGUUUGUGCUUCUUUCUUUCUGUAGCUAUCUUUCACUUCUUCUUUGCAUUUGAUGGAUGCAAAAGGAAUUCACAAUGAAACAUUCCACGACUAUGGUUGAUGAUGUGACCCAAACCGGUCAUAGCUGUAGUGGAAAAUGCACGUUGAUGGUAUUUUGGAGGUCACAUGAUGGAUCGACCAUAUAAGAAUUGGGUACAUGUAAAAUAUACUAUAAAUAGGACGAAGAUAGGGAACGACACAUGCAACACAAGAUAUUGAAUGGAACCAUCGUAGAUGAACUAGAACAUAUCACUGUACCAAAUUGUGCAAUGAAUUCCUCCCGAAACAGUCUAAUCUACGUCAGGAUGAUUAUGGAUGAAUAGAAACUACACGACUUAUGUCAAUCCAACUUUUCGUCAUCAUAAUUAUAUUAACACACUUUCUAAAAAAAAAAUCAUCGCUAACAAUACAUAUAUAUGAAAGAUAUCUAAAUAUGGAUUCUAUCGAUAUUGUAGUUUCUUAUGCAGAUAUAAUAUGUUGCUAACGACCGAGCGAUGACAAUCCACCACGGAGCACCUAUUGUAAUGAAAAUACCAAGGUUGUCAACCCGCGGGUUGACUCGGAUCCGGUUGAGCUAGUGGGCUAAGGGUAAUGGGUCACCCGUUUUAGCCCGAAAAUGUGGAAAGCAUCAUUAUAUUGUACUUAUCCUGAUAAAUUAUAUCAAAUCUCAUCUAACAUAUGAGUUAUAACAUAUAAUAUUACACCAAAAUAACAUUUCGUACUUAGAUUCAACAUAUAGUGAAAAUUCACACACACUUAUAUAACAUUAAUAUUCAAAUGUUCAACUUAGGAUUCUAAAAAUUGAGUUAGGUGAAAAGAAAAAUCGGAAAAUAGGCGCAUUUCGCAAAACAAAGAAAAAAAUGACACAAUUUGACCUCCAACCAGGCUGGUACCUUGUAGCGGUCGACCCGACGGGUGCGUGCGGCCCGUUUUUUCACCGGGUCAGGGUUAAAAUGGAUCAACCCGUGGGUCGACCCGCGGGCUGACAACCUUGGAAAAUACUAACCAUUUGUGAAAGUAGGAAAGUUAAAUGACCAUAACAGCAAUAAAUUAUAAGUUCAGAAUAAACGCUUUAUCCAGUAUCGGGGAAAAUGAAAAAGAAGGAAAUAAUUGCGGAAAAUAUCCUCUGCUUAUCGCCCUCCUCUGCUAAAGUUCUAAGCUUUUUCCCGUCUCUCUCUCUCUCUCUCUCUCCCUCUCCCUCCCUCUCUUCGCAACUUCCUCUCCUGUUUCCUUCUCGUUCGCCGUUCGUUACCCGCCGUAUUUUAUUUAUUCAUUUUUCAUUCUCCAUUUUGGCUGCCUGACCGGAGACCAAACAAACCGUAUUCCUUAGUUCUUUUCUUCUUCGUCGUCUUCUUUUCCCCCCCUCAGUAGCCAGAGAGAAACAGAAUAGACUCUGCUACAGAGAUUAUCCGUUACAGAGACCUGACAAAGAGAACAAUAAUAAUACUAAUAUGUCGGCGUCGGUCUUUCCGGCGGUUGUCGUGUUAGUCGCCGCCCUGCUGGUUCAGUCAGCGCUGACGGUGGUCGGAGUAACUGGCGGCGGUGGUGAUUAUUUCCCGGCGGCGUUGAGUCUGGAGCGGGGAAUUCCGCAGCCGAGUCGUAGAGUGGGUCUGGGUCAGCUGAGUGCGCGAGACAGUGUCCGACAUCGGAGAAUGUUGCAGUCUACCUCCGGUGGUGUCGUCGAUUUCCCCGUUCAGGGGACCUUCGAUCCUUUCCUCGUUGGGCUGUAUUACACAAGAUUGCAAUUGGGUUCUCCACCAAAGGACUUCUAUGUACAGAUAGAUACAGGCAGUGAUGUUCUGUGGGUGAGCUGCAACAAUUGCGAUGGUUGCCCUGUUUCAAGUGGCCUUCAGAUUCCAAUGAAUUUCUAUGACUCUGGUAGCUCAUCAACUGCUUCGUUGAUAUCUUGUUCGGACCAACGAUGUGUCGUAGGACUGGAAGCUGCAGAUUCCGGGUGCUUACAGAACAAGAAUCAAUGUGGUUACACCUUCCAAUAUGGCGAUGGCAGUGGCACAUCAGGGUAUUAUGUAGCAGACAUGUUACAUCUUGAUACGAUUGUUGGGGGUUCCGUGACUACUAACUCAACCGUUCCUAUAGUAUUUGGGUGUAGCACUUUGCAAACUGGGGACUUGAAAAAGCCAGAUAGAGCAGUUGAUGGGAUCUUUGGUUUUGGACAACAAGGGAUGUCUGUGAUCUCCCAACUUGCUUCACAAGGAGCAGCACCAAGAGUGUUCUCUCACUGUUUGAAAGGUGAUGAUGCAGGUGGUGGCAUAUUGGUUCUUGGAGAAAUCGUGGAACCUAAUAUUGUCUAUACUCCACUUGUCGCUUCACAGCCUCACUACAAUGUGAAUCUGCAGAGCAUAUCGGUGGGCGGCCAAACUUUAUCUAUCGAUCCAUCUGUUUUUGGCACAUCAGACAAGAAAGGCACUAUAGUUGAUUCCGGAACAACCUUGGCGUACCUUGCAGAUGCAGCCUACGAUCCUUUUAUUAGUGCCAUAAAUAGUGAUGUUUCACAGACUGUGCGGCCAGUUGUUUCAAAGGGGCAACAGUGUUACUUGAUAACCACAAGAGUGAACGACCUCUUUCCUCAAGUUAGUUUACACUUCGCUGGUGGUGCAUCCAUGCUUUUGAAUCCUCAAGACUACCUUGUGCAGCAAAAUUCUGUUAAUGGUGCUUCGGUGUGGUGCAUUGGUUUCCAGAAAAUGCAAGGUCAAUCAAUAACAAUCUUAGGAGAUCUCAUUCUGAAAGACAAAAUCUUUGUUUAUGACCUAGCUAAUCAACGGAUUGGAUGGGCUAAUUAUGACUGUUCAACGUCGGUAAAUGUAUCUACAACCGAAAACACCGGCAGAACAGAAUUCGUGGACCCAGGGCAGCUGGGCAACAGCGGUUCACAGCAAAAUGCACGUCUAGACAGACUUAUACUACCAACUGUGAUGAUAGGUUUACUUCAUUUGCUCUUGCUUGGAAGCUGCCUGUUCUUGUAGCACAUACCCUGGUAACGUGUUAGUAUUCUCUCUUCCACUCAUCAUCGCUCAGGCCGGUCUUAUAUUUAGUGUGGACCGGCUGCAGUAAGCCCUCACUGAUUGAUUUGUCUUGGCAAUGGCUGCAUCUAAACUGCUGGGAUAGGAAAACUGGAAAUAUAUGUAUAGGUCUUUUCCUCAGUUUCCCUCAUGUUUUAAAGAUCUUGUUCUGUUAUCUUUGUAAAUUUUGUGUUCAUACGUACAGAGUAGGUCAGCAGCCCAUGAUUUACUAUACAUCAGGUGAGUUUGAUGUAUCCAUUCCACUCAAUUUGAAACCAUUGGAUUGAUCCAUUCAUAUGUAUCCCACAGUUUCAUGAUUUCAUCUCAACGUAAUCACCAUGAUAGUGCCAACAACAUAGCUUUCAAUAGCUUCCAGAUUAUAAUAGGGCCCGGAGGGCGACACUUCCUUUGACAAUAUCCUCAAGAACAAGUGGGCUUUGUCAACGGUUUAGGUGAAUGGUUUUUGCUUUGCUGACUGCACUAGGUCUCAGCAGGCAAGUUAAAGGUCCUCCCCCUCUUACAUCUUCCAUCCAGGUGUUGCUUCAAGAACAGGCGACUUCCAGACAUGAACUAACACACGAAUCAGGGAACAGUUUGCUAUACCGCGUAUUCGGCUGUUGUUUUGUACAGCUGCUCCGGAUCGAUGAAUUUUGUUACAUUGACAGACAUUGAACGCGGUAAGAUCGAUACCCGGAUUAAGACGAGUUGGAACUUAUUUAGUACCUUUGAACCACUAGCUAAAUGAAAGAGCAACAUUUUGGUGCAAUUUAGAGGGCAGUUAUAAAGCUUCAGGCUUUAGCUCAGCUAGUAUCAAGAUUAGGGCUGUCGGUUCGGGUCGGGUAACCGAACCCGAAAUCCAUAGAACCCGAAAACCCUAAACCCUCUCCUUAGGCAAAACCGAACCCGAACUCGAAACUGUCAUUUUCGGUUUUCGGGCACCCGAACCCGAAAAUUCCACUAACGGUUUCGGUUUGGUUAUAAUGAAACCCGAAAACCCGAAAACCAAAAAGGAAUGGUGACUACUGCAAACACUUGUCCAUUAACUAGCUCCAUUCAUUCUGCCAAAUACACUGCAUAUCCACCAAAUUUUAACUCAUUAGACGAGAAAGUAAAUUACACUUGACAUAGAAGAUUACACCAGCUAAUGAACUACUAAAACCGAACCAACUUCAACAAACACCAUGAUCUGCAGGAAUAGAUAGUUCCCCAGCAAAGCAAUCACCAAAGAGUGCCAAGGUUAUGCAACUUGUCAAUAACCUGAUGAAAGCCCUAGAAGUUGCUGCAACUAUGCAAGAACUUAGUUUAAGUGGUUUAAUUAGAAAACAUGACAUAAGGAAAGAAAGAAAGUAGAGACAGGAAGUACAACAGUUGAGGCGAAGGCUGAAAGGCCAAGAGGGCAGAUAGGAAGUACACCAAUAGACUAAUUAUGCAGCAGCAAAAUUAAACUUCUCAUAACCUAUUUCAUUGUAUGAUUCCACAACGUACUAAAAUCAAGAAAUUAACAAUAGAUAAAUGGAGCAAAAUCAA